UUCCCCACUCUGCAGGCGACCUCCCGUGCUUCGCGCUGCACGUGCGGCGCCUGUCGGAAUGUCGCUCAUUGUCGCACACAAUGCGGCCGUUCGGUCUCUACCGCUCGCAAUCGCGCUGCUCCUAACAUGGGGCUGGAUCGACGUCGCUAGCGCGCGACAGCCGAUAGUCGCCUCGCAGGCGCCCGCCCUGCAGGCGUGCGAAGAGGCGUGGGGGAGAAGGCUGAUGGGGUGGCGGGCGGGCGGCGACUGCAGCCAGGCGCAAGGGCUCACGUGCGACGCGCGCGGCAUGAUUACCGCCAUCGAUUUGAGCAUGAGCAACCUGACCGGCCCGAUCCCUUCCAGCAUAGCCACUCUCGCCACGCUCACCAAGCUAGUGCUGGGCGACAACAGCCUGUCAGGCGCCAUCCCUCCGGAGUUGGGUGCCCUCGUGCUGCUGCACGAGCUCAACCUGUACAACAACAAUCUCUCGGGCCCUGUGCCAGCAGAACUGGGCCAGCUCACAGCGCUCACCACCCUAGUGCUGGGCAGCAACGAGCUGUGGGACUCCAUUCCCUCCACCAUCGCCGCGCUCACAGCCCUUGCUGCCAUCGACCUGAGCAGCAACAACAUCAGUGGCAGCAUCCCAGCCUCCCUGGUGGCCCUCACUGCCCUGCAACAACUGAACCUCAGCAGCAACCAGCUGGAGGGGCCCAUUCCCGAUGCUCUGGGGCGCAUGGCCAACCUCAGUUUCGUCAAUCUGUCCAUUAACAGGCUGAAUGGCUCCAUCCCACCUGCUGUCGCCGGACUCACAUCCCUAAGAUUCCUCUACCUGCACCACAAUGGUUUGUCGUCCUCGCUGCCGUCCGCCCUGGGAGAGCUCCCCGCCCUCGUCGACCUAGAGGUGAACGACAACAGGAUCAACGGCAGCAUUCCUGACUCCCUGGGCAGCAUCAGCACCCUCGAGCGACUUGUGCUGAGGAACAACACGCUGCAAGGAACCAUUCCCAAUUCCUUCAGUCAACUCACCAAUCUCGAACAGCUCGAUCUGGGGUGGAGCGGCGUGCAGGGCUCCAUCCCGGCCUCCCUCUCGGCCAUCGCCUCCUCCCUCACGCAGCUCAACGUGAGCAACAACGCACUCAAUGGGUCGCUGCCGUCCGCCCUCGCAUCACUCACCAGCCUCGCAAUCCUGGACGUGUCGCACAAUGAGAUAGCGGGCACCCUCUUCGAUAUGGCCAACAUGACCUCCCUCGCCGUACUCUCCCUUAACUCGAACAAACUGCAGGGCCCCAUUCCCAACUCGAUCGGCUCGCUCUCCCUUCUCUCGCACCUGUCUCUUGAGUACAACAGCCUGGACGGCUCCCUUCCCGAGUCCAUUGGGGCUCUCACGCUGCUCUCCCUGCUCAACACGGGGGCCAACCCACUCAAUGGGUCCUUGCCGGAGAGCAUAGGCAACUUGACCAGCCUCCAAUACCUCGAUCUCAGCUUCAACUUCCUCACUGGCACUCUGCCUCGCUCCAUCUCUCAACUGCGCAAGCUCUCUUCCAUACAAGCGACCAACAACAGCUUUUCUGGCUCUCUCCCGUCGUCUCUGGGGCUGCUCUCUGCCCUCCAGCUGCUGGACGUCAGCAAGAACCGCUUCUCAGGGCCCCUCCCACCAACCAUCUCGCUGCUCACACGCCUUUCCAUACUUGACCUCAGCACUAACAGCUUCAACGGUUUCCUGCCCGAGUCGAUCUCCACGCUCACCGCCCUUCAACUGAUAAACCUCAUUGACAACAGUGCCCUGGCUGGCGUGCUGCCUCCGGGGCUGGGCGCCCUCUCCGCGCUCACCAUGCUUGCGGUGAAGAACACCUCCCUCAAAUGCCCCUCCACUGACGCCGCCUGUGACGUGCCUCAGACGCUGCUCUCGCCCUUCUGCAUGCAGUGCCCUAAUUACUGCCACCGCUGUCUUCGAUCCGGUAUCCCCCCAGCGGCCCCAGCGCCACUGGGCUCCCAGCCUCCCAACUUCCCAUGGGGUCCAUCACCCCCCCCGUCACCUCCCACAGUACCUCUUCCCCCUACGGGUUUUCCCACCCGCCCCAUUCACCGUCCAAUUGUCACCACCACCACGGCCAGCAGCAGCAGCAGCAGCGGGGGUCUGUCUGGAGGGGCCAUCGCUGCCAUUGUGAUCGCCCUGCUCAUUGUGGUGGUGACUGCUGCUGGCCUUGCGUACAUCGUCAUAACCCACAAGACCAAUGCGCCUGACCAACAAGAUCUCCUUAGGGAUGAUGCCCUUGGCAAUGGCCCAGUGGGUUCGAACCGUCAGGCGUACGUUGACAUUGAUCAUCCCAUUCGAGACUAGUUAUCACUUGGUUCACCUUUA